UCUCCCAGGUGCUCAUUAGGAGGAUUGCAGUGGUAAGGAAGUGACUAUGGAGUGUGAAGCUGCUGCUUCAAGAGAGUUUCCUGCUCGUCUGCUGUCUGUGUGCAUCCUACAGCUCCAGGAGGCAGGCAUUAAUUGGGCUGUUCCUUUCCCUUCUGGCAAUGGGAGGUCUUCUUGGCAAGAACAGGAGGCUCUGUGUGUUCCCUAAGAAAGUUAUUUUCUGUAAGACCAAGGGGAAAAGGGCAUCCAGGACUGCAGGUACAUCCUGUGAUGCUUCAACAUGGACUGGAGAGAACCAUUUUUAUUCAGCACGCAUAGGAAGGACCCCCAGAGCCCCCGAGCCUUCUUUUGCAGAGUCAGAUUCCUUAAACACCCCUGAAGGUGAAUCUGCUGCCCAAGCUAGAAAGGACACAGGAGCUGCAUCUCUGCACAUACAACAUACUGAGGCCCUGCUUUGUGCCUCUUCUAGAGAUGCACACAAUAGUGAGGAGAGACAGGACCCUGAAACCAAACCCAGUACAGAGGGGGUGAAGAACCAGGAACCUGCUGAACAGCCAAAACAAGAAGCCCAAUCUGCCAGAGGCAAUCUACAAGAGAGGGGUAAAGCUCCAGCUGAUGAGCAUCCUACUAGUGGCUGGGUACCCCACGAGCAACUCAGCUGCAGGGAUGAAGAAGUGAGGAUUCUUACAGAGACAACUGUGAAGGCUGAAGUCCAUGUGUGUGCUGAAGCCCAAGGUGAGGUUCAGCCUGCUGGAGUGGAGUCCAGGCUGUCAAUUCCUGCAGAAGAAGAUGUGACAGUUCUGUGUGAUUCAGAGGAAACUUGUAAGGGAAAGGAUCAUCAGGAAGUGCAUGUGGAGAAGGCAGCUGAGUCCCCAGCUGCUCUGUGUACAAUGCAGGAGACAGAGCUGCUUCUGAAGACCAUGGAGACAAGAGAAGACAUUGCAAGUAUGCAGAGAUCUGCAGGAGAAGAGAAAACACACUUUGCUGCUAAAGCCUCACCUGAUCCCCAGUUGGAACAUGAUAAAGAGGUUCCUCUUCAUGAGUAUAUGGAGGAAAACCCUUCUGAAUUGGAGCAAGCUGAAGAACAGACUGAGGUUGGUGAUGAUGGACAAACACCAAAUGAAAUACCAUGCUGCCUGGUAGAAACCCAGGCUGCUCUGCAGGAUAAGGAAGAGAUCAAAGCUAGCGAUGAGGGAAAACAGCCUGCUGAUGAGGAAUGCUGAAAUAGCACAUGGAGCCUGGUGCAGCAACCACUGAGCAGGCUGAGGGUUUGUCUGCAGCAAAGCAAAGAAUCUGCUGCCUUGAUCCUGCAAGGAACCAGGGUGGACAAUCAGUGGGAGUUUGUAUCCUAAAGGGCACAGAGGGCAGGUUGUUUAUGGAGCCUGCUUUAGGAAGUGGGACUGAACAGCAAGUUGGUGCACAGCUUUCCAUAGGUGGCACCAACCCCCUUCUUUCCCUAGCAAGGGGGUGAUGAAAGGACACACUUACAUUUCAGUACAAAAAGUAUAUUUAUGUAUAUUUUUUUUCCACAUGCACGUAUACCUGAGCUAGGGUUAUGGAUUUUGUAAUUCUAUCCCUCUGUGUAACUACAAAGGCAUAUUAAUUAUACUUGUCUGUGCACCUCACUCUGACCAUCACUGUUUGAAGCUCUGUUGAAAUGCUGUGUGGUCUGCAAUGCAACUGGAACCAAUAAAUGGGCAUCUUUUAAUGCUUGUUGAUGCA